AUGGUUAAUACUAGGUUUAAUGCUAUCAGGCCCGUAGCUCCCGUCAAUGCUCCAGCUGAGGAAUCUGCACCGAGAGGUCGCGGUCCAGGCAGGGGUAGAGGACAUGGAAGAGUAGCGCCUGCUGGGAAUGGAGCUCCUUUUGAAAAUGCUCCUAUGAAUGAGAACCCUUCUACGCAUGAUGAAGAGAUAGUGGAGAAUGUUGAGGAUAUGGGACAAGAGGAAGAGUGCUUUCUUCUGUUCAAGCAACUCAAGCUCCCGCUAAUCCCCCUGUUGCUAGCACUGCGCCCAAGACGGGUGAAACGGGAGAGGUUCAGGGAGGCCAAUACUGGCAGCCAAGCCAAUUCAGUCCUCUAUGCAACUCCAUCUCAUAAUGUGAUUCAGGAUAGCCAGGGAGUCGCACCUUCAGCGGACAGCAGGCCAUCUUUUGAUCGUACAUGUUACAAUUGUGGUGAACCUGGCCAUAUGAGGAGAGAUUGUUCCCACCCACUUGUGUUAGAUUCCGCGCAGCAGCAGUCUAAAGCAGUGGAUAAGAAUGUUACAACUUAUGCCUCGCGUCAAUUGAAGGUGAACGAGUGGAAUUACCCAACACUUGAUUUGGAGUUGGCAGCAGAACCGAUUCCAAUUCUUGAUCGUGAUGUGCGCGGGUUAAGGACCAAGGAGAUUAAGCCUGUGAAAGUUCAAUGGAAGCAUCUUCCAGAUAAGGAAGCUACUUGGGAAGCCGAGAGGGACAUGCAAGACAAGUAUUCCCAAUUAUUCGUCAAUUCAGGCAAGGAGGUUUCCCAUCAAGAUGACAGGGCUCAGUUUUAUGCCUUUCCAGGCAAGAGCGAGGCUGAGGUGUCUGAUGCAGUGAUCGCAGUGUCUGAAUUCAAGGAAGUAUUUCCUACCGAUUUGCCUAGUAUUCCAGCGGAUAGGGAUAAAUUUUUGCAUUGA